UCGAUUGACCCUGGCCAGCAGUUCACAUGGGAACAUUCAAACUUGGAAGUAAACAAACCAAAGAAUAGAUAUGCAAACGUCAUCGCAUAUGAUCAUUCCCGGGUUCUCCUCUCAGCAAUAGAAGGCAUCCCAGGAAGUGAUUAUGUGAAUGCCAACUACAUAGAUGGCUAUAGGAAACAAAACGCCUACAUUGCAACACAGGGAUCUCUCCCCGAAACGUUUGGGGACUUUUGGAGAAUGAUAUGGGAACAACGGAGUGCCACAGUUGUCAUGAUGACAAAGCUAGAAGAAAGAUCCAGGGUGAAGUGUGACCAGUACUGGCCCAGCAGAGGCACAGAAACCCAUGGCCUGGUCCAAGUGACACUGCUGGAUACCGUGGAGCUGGCCACAUAUUGUGUUCGAACAUUUGCACUUUACAAGAAUGGUUCGAGUGAGAAGAGAGAAGUGAGACAAUUCCAGUUCACUGCCUGGCCUGAUCACGGUGUUCCAGAACACCCCACACCUUUUCUGGCUUUCCUACGGAGAGUCAAAACCUGUAACCCUCCUGAUGCAGGUCCGAUGGUUGUGCACUGCAGCGCGGGAGUUGGCCGGACUGGUUGUUUCAUCGUAAUAGAUGCCAUGUUAGAAAGAAUAAAGCAUGAAAAAACUGUAGAUAUUUAUGGCCAUGUAACUCUAAUGAGAGCCCAGAGGAAUUACAUGGUUCAGACAGAAGACCAAUACAUCUUUAUCCAUGAUGCACUGUUAGAAGCAGUGACUUGUGGAAAUACCGAAGUGCCAGCUAGAAACUUGUAUGCCUACAUUCAGAAGCUGACACAAAUAGAAACAGGAGAGAAUGUCACAGGAAUGGAGCUUGAAUUUAAGCGUCUAGCCAGCUCAAAAGCUCACACCUCAAGAUUCAUCAGUGCCAAUCUUCCAUGUAAUAAAUUCAAAAAUCGCCUUGUUAAUAUCAUGCCCUAUGAAUCCACAAGGGUAUGCCUGCAGCCUAUCCGAGGAGUGGAAGGGUCUGAUUACAUCAACGCCAGUUUUAUUGAUGGAUAUAGACAACAGAAAGCUUACAUUGCUACACAGGGGCCCUUGGCAGAGACCACAGAAGACUUCUGGCGGAUGCUGUGGGAACACAAUUCGACAAUCGUUGUGAUGCUCACCAAGCUGCGUGAAAUGGGCAGAGAAAAAUGUCAUCAAUACUGGCCAGCAGAACGGUCCGCAAGAUACCAGUACUUUGUUGUAGAUCCUAUGGCUGAGUAUAACAUGCCACAGUAUAUCCUGAGGGAAUUCAAGGUCACAGAUGCCCGGGACGGCCAGUCCCGAACAGUGAGGCAGUUCCAGUUCACUGACUGGCCAGAACAGGGAGUACCAAAGUCUGGAGAAGGAUUUAUUGACUUCAUUGGCCAAGUCCAUAAAACAAAAGAGCAGUUUGGCCAAGAUGGGCCCAUUUCAGUCCAUUGCAGCGCGGGUGUUGGAAGAACUGGAGUCUUCAUAACACUAAGCAUUGUUUUGGAAAGAAUGAGAUAUGAAGGAGUUGUAGAUAUCUUCCAGACUGUCAAAAUGUUAAGAACGCAACGACCAGCCAUGGUACAGACAGAGGAUCAGUAUCAGUUUUGCUAUCGAGCCGCACUGGAAUACCUGGGCAGCUUUGAUCACUAUGCAACAUAGAAACCCCUGACCCAUUCCGGAUUUUUACUGCAGGCCCUUCACUAUCCAUGGAGUCUCUUCUGAGCCAUACAGGGCACUUGAGAAGUCCUUCUUAACUUCUAGUUAACAACUACUUAGUGGGACUAUUAUACACAAAAAUUAAAAACAAACUAUUCCAGGGGGACCAAGAAUUCAGUUUAAUAAUCUAACCUGAAAAAUAAUAAAAAGAAUCCUGACUGAUGGGGCAUCUGAAGGAUUUUAUUUACAGAUACCUCAAGGAUUCAAAAUAAAGGGAAGAAGAAAUCACAGCAAAGAACCACCAUCUUGUUCAGGAUUGCUUAAUAGGUACAAGGAGAUGUGACCAGUGUGCUGCAGUUCAGUGCAAGAUGUUUGCUGGUGUGGCUUCUCACAGUAAAAUGGACUCUGUUUCACCAUUGCCCCUUCCCACCAUACUGCUCAUAAUAACAUUUAGGGGGAAAAGGGGAGGGAACGUUUAAAAAGAAAGUCCUUGAUUUAGUUUUUUAGUAUUGUAAAGAUACUGCUGACCUGUGCUUCAUUUCUAACUGUGUAAACUUUUUUUUUUUAACAAAAUGUAUCAUUCGAUAAAGUGAAUUUUAAAGAAGUUACAUAAAUUCAUUUUUUAUUUCCAAACUGUAGGGUUUUUUAAGCUGUAGAACUGUUAUCUGUAAUAUCUUGCUGUAGAAAUAUCAAAUAAUUUGAAAAUUUGCACAUUUUUGUGCAAUACUCAAUCUACAGUAUCGGUCUCAUCAGAUAAUACUUUUACACUUCUGUUCAAUUUGAUUGGUGAGAAAGUACCCAUUCUCUUCAAAUAAUGAAAGAGAAUUUUGUUUUGCUUUUGGAAUCAACAGGGAGGCGCAAAGUAUAAAGUUGCUGCUAACAUAUAUACAUAUAUAUCCAUAUCUUAUAAGGGUGUCUAUGUAUAUAUAGACAGUGUGUCCAUACAAAAUAUAGCUGUCAUUCAGUUCUUCCAGGAUUUACUUUUUUUAAGGUAGAAAAGCUGUUGUAAACAUCUUUUUUGAUUUUUUCUUAAUUUUAUGACAUAUUGGUAUUAAUGUCACAAAACUUUCAUUUUUUAAAAGGGAAAUGAGGAAUGCACAUCAGUGAUUGUCAAACCUCACCCCCCAGAUUUCCUACCCCAUCUCCCUCCAUCCACCCAAUCAUAUUAACAAAUACCAUUUUGUUAGCCAGGCUUCCAAAAAAGUUCAAUAUUUCUAUCACUCUAGUGCAAUAAGAAAUUAUUAAAUAUCUAAGAGGUGUGCAUGUGGGAAAGGUCAGUGCAUAUCCCUUUAGGAGGGGAGAAUGUUGUAAAAUAUAUCAGCUAUCAAGUUGUUUUUUAAGAAAGUGUAUUCAAUCGUAUAUUGUCUAUAGUAUGUGCUACGAAAUUUGCAUUUAUGAUAUGUAACAGGGGCAAAGCCAAACUCAUGUUACUCUGUUCAGUCGGAAACAUUUUAUGGCAUACAGCCUUCCUGGGAAGUGCUGGACUUUGUUUUGUUUUGGUUUUAGUUUCGCAUUUAGAGUGCCUUAUAAUUGAUGCCUAUUUUAAUAGCAUUUCUUUUUAGCUUUUGGUUCGUAUUUCCAUUAGUUGUUCAUAUAUGUUACUCUUCCAAUUAAAGCAUUAUUAUGUUUACCACAUGUACAAUAACUCUUUAAUAAUAUGCAUUCCUAGUUUUCAGCCAAGUCGGGGAUGUUAGUGAUUGUACCAGCCCAAAGCACUUGGAUAAUCAGGGCCCUUCUCCCUUUCAUAAUCAUCAACAUCAGGAAAAGCUACCGGUUUUAUUUAGAAUCCCUUCCAAAUCUGCUCUGGAACAUGCAGUAACUGCACCAAGUUUAUUUUAGUAACAAACAUCAUUGGCAACUUUGGAACAUAUUUGAUAUUCCAUUAGGAUUUUUCUAAAAGGGGAAAUAAUAUAUAUAUCCCCCCUAAUCUUCCAACAUACUUCCUAUAGGAAGCCACGGAUUUCUAUAGGAAGCCUGAGUUUGCCACAUCUUAAGUAAUUUUAAGGAACCCUCAAAAUAUCCAAGGAACUUUUAAAGAGUUUUGGAAUAGGUAUAACACUUUUGUUUAAUUUUAGCUUCAUGGAUGUUCUGCAUGGAAGGAUUUUUGUUUUCCACAUUUUCCCAUCGCUAGCAGAAUGAAAUCCAAGAGACCAAACACUUACAAGCAUUGCAUUUGAGCAUUUUUAUAAAAAAAUAAACAAAAAGGAAAAAAAAGAAAAUAUAUAUAAUACUAAAAAAAAAAAAUGUAUCUAGAAGGCUACCUCAGAAUGAGACUCUCUAACCUACAUCAGAACCAGAGAAGAAUGUGCACUAUGUGGGUCUGUUGUUUUCUUUUAAUUUGUACCUUUCGGAGAUUUAUCCAAGUGCCAGAUUACUCAGCGCUAUAAUUUUCAUAUAGUGAAAAACAAAGGGGUCAGACAGACAUUGCAUCAUCAGACAUGCCAUGUUGAACACGUAAAAUACGAUGGAGCACUGCACACCAGAAUGAUUGGCCAGUGAGCAGUUUCUCUCCCUGAAACAAAAACUGCCCGUCUGGCGAAGGGCAAGAUGACAAUAAUCACGAGAAGAAAAUGAAUGGGAUGCAUACCACAAACGAACAAGGCGGAGACUAUUUCAGAAAUCUUACUAUUCAGGAGCUGUUCCUAGAACUAACUCCCUUCCUGUCAUUGAUGUGCAUUCCACUCUGCGCUUUUCUGUAAAUCCAUUCGAGUUUUAAUUUCCCAGGUAAACAUCUUUAUCUUCCAUUACCAUAAACUUUCAAGUUUCCAAUUAUUUUCAUAAUCAUAACCAGUACGGUGCUAUUAUUUACCUAUGUACGUGUAGUUAUGUAUAAUUUUGUAAUUAGUUACAAUGGUUAAAAAAAAAUCAAAAUAUAUAAAAAGUAAUUUGUACAGAACUUUAUUUUAGCUCUUUUUUAAAAAUGAUUUGCAUGGUUAGACAAUGGCAAGGACAGCCAGGGGAGGGAAGGGCCUCUAGGGAACUUUGCACUUUCUAUACCUUUGUACUAUGCACUGCCCUAUUGAUUCUACACCCAAUAAUGUUAUUACUUGAACCCAUCUGUAAGAGACUGCUUCAGAAAUUCAUUCGUGUGUAUGUAAAUAACACAGCCUAGAAACAGGAAGGAAAAAAAUUGCUGCAGUAAUGCACAUUUUUUUCUUUUCUGUUUAUUUUUGGUUUUGCGUUUAGUCCCUCCUUUUAUUUUUCAUUCCCUUUUCGUUUACCUUUUUGAGUUUUGUUUUCCUUUGGGUUUACGAGUGCCCUGAUGCUCCAGCAGAGUUCAGAAGGCUAAAGAUCCAUCCUAUCCAUCCGUUAUGUGGCUUUGCCAUCCGAGCUUGGAGUGUCUUUACAAAGAUAACAGUUGUGUUCUUUGCUCACGUUUUGGAUGCAUAGACUGAAAAAUUAAAAAAAAAAUAACUUGUAAAAUGGCUUGUUAAAAGAAUACAAUUACCUCUAAUUAGUAGUACGCGUAAAUGUUUUACAGAAUGAAAGGCGUGCUUUUUAUUUUCUUACUUCGUUACAUUGGUGGCGAAAGAAGUCUGUAUGAAAAUCAGUUCUUUGCUGACACAAGUUCCAUUUGUUACAAAUGAAUUCUAAUAAAAAUGUCAGUGUUAUGCA